AUAAAAGCAGCUGAUGAUGGCCCAGGCUUGGCACUCUGCCAUUGAUGCUUUUGUGUUGCACGAGAGCUUGUACUCGCAUGAUGUUUUUUUUACUAGACCUACUAUGGAUGCUGAUUGAAUUGUCCUACUCCAUCCUGAGUGCCGUACUGCAGACCUUUCUCCGGCCGAGGUUGAAGUGCAUCGACGGGGAGCUGUGCCUCAUCACGGGUGCCGGGGGCGCGCUGGGUCGACUGUUCGCUCUGGAGUUUGCCAAAGAGGGCGCCAACCUCGUGCUCUGGGACUGCAACCAGGCCGCAAACGAGCAGACGGCCGAACUCGCGCGGGAAAAGGGGGUCAAAGUGUACACACACACUGUUGAUCUUUCCCGCCGUCAGGACAUUUAUGAGGCCGCGGAGAAGGUGAGGCUAGAUGUUGGCGAUGUCACGAUAUUGGUGAACAACGCCGGGGUCGUGGCGGGACGGCGGCUGCUCGAGUGCCCCGAUGAGCUGUUGGAGAGGACUCUGCUGGUGAACUGUCACGCUCUCUUUUGGAUGACGAAGGCCUUCCUGCCUCAGAUGAAAGCCCAGAACCAUGGCCACAUUGUUACCAUCGCCAGUGCCCUUGGCCUGUUCAGCACUGCGUGUGUAGAGGACUACUGUGCCAGCAAAUUUGGUGCCGUGGGGUUCACCGAGUCCCUGGCCCACGAUCUCCAUGCAGAAAACCUGAAUGGCAUCAAAACCACCCUGGUCUGCCCGUACAUUGUAGACACAGGCAUGUUCGAGGGCUGCGAGAUCAGGAAAGAGCUGCGGGGUCUGAUCCCUCCACUGGACCCCCUCUACACCGUGAAGCAGUCCAUGAACGCCAUCCUGGCCGAGCAGCAGAUGAUAUGCAUUCCUCGCCUUAUGUACAUUCCAUUGCUGACACGAGCGCUGUUGCCUUGGGAAGCCAAUGUUGCCACGUACCGCUUCAUGGGAGGGGACAGAUGCAUGAUGCCCUUCAUCAAGAACAUGGAAAUAAAAGCAGCCAAAGACCAAGUCAAAACCUCCUAGUGACUUUCUGUUGAAGUCGCUCCAGCUACUGGAACGCUAUGCAAACCAAAGUCUCCGUAUACAAGAAUCUAAAUAGAAAAUGAACGUCAAGUGUGUUUACAUGAGAAAUGUAUGAAUAUUUCUGAAAAAAAACGGGAUGUUUUUAAUGAUUUAAUGUACUCAUCCCACUGAAUACCUUUAUUAUAAACGGAUACAAUAACCAUAUCGGGAACAAAUUAUUUUCCUUUGAUAUAGGGACUAAAUGUUUAAAGUGCUGGGAUGUUCAGUAAAGAAUAAGCUGUACGUAUUAAAUACAAAAGAGUCGAAAGGCCAGGCUCUAUACAAGUGCUUCUCUUUAAUCACAAUAACAGACAGUGCCAAAAUGAAGGACAAACACACAAAUCUACAAGGGACAUGCAGAAAAGAGGUGAGAAAUUAUAUUUAUGGAGAUUUGAGUCUUCCAAAGAAGUGUAAAGCAAUCCAAUGAAAUCUGAUAGGACACCAAACCUCUUCAAAUGGUUGUUUAAGAAUACUGAGUCAACUCAGUUCAGAUGAUCUUGAACACACUUGAUAUAUCAAAACAUGAUACUAAAAAUACCAUGAAUUAACUCUGCCCUGCAAUUUCCACAGCACGCGCAACCCCAACCAAACCAGAAACUCAACAAGUCAAAUUUAAUUUCCCGUUUCUUUUUUGCACUGCGUUUUUUUAAAAGCUCUUU